AUGUCUGUAAUUCAUCAGAGUCUUUCAACUUCAAUCUCCUCAUCAACCUCAGCAUUUCUGGGCCACAGAUAUCUCAAAAGCAUCAAGUCUUCUGAUGUUUCAAUCCCAGGGAGAAUCAAUGGGGUUGUCAAAUGUGUUGCCACGCCCUCAACUGAGAAAACUGUUUACAAGACAACGGUCUCCCGCAAUGAAAACAUGGGAAAACUUCAAGCUGGCUACCUUUUUCCAGAGAUAGCAAGACGGAGGGCUGCCCACAUGUUGAAAUAUCCUGAUGCUCAAAGAUCAUAUGCAUUGUCAACAGUAGAGGGUUACACUGGUUAUGGAGCUGAACAAGGUGAAAAGCAAUUGAGAGCUUCCAUCGCCAAAACCUACUAUGAGAACCUUGGCAUAGAAGAAGAUGAUAUAUUCGUAUCAGAUGGUGCAAAAAGUGACAUAUCUCGCCUUCAGGUGCUUUUUGGGUCUAAAGUGACCAUGGCCGUGCAAGACCCUUCAUAUCCGGCUUAUGUGGAUUCCAGUGUUAUUUUGGGUCAGACUGGGCAGUUUCAGAAAGAUGUUGAGAAGUAUGGAAAUAUAGAAUAUAUGAAGUGUACUCCAGAAAAUGGUUUCUUUCCAGACUUAUCUGCGGUUCGUCGGACCGACAUCAUAUUUUUCUGUUCACCAAAUAACCCAACAGGUUAUGCUGCUUCAAGAGAGCAAUUGACUAGAUUGGUAGAAUUCGCUAAAGAAAAUGGGUCAAUCAUAGUCUAUGAUUCUGCUUAUGCCAUGUACGUUUCAGAUGAUAACCCGAGGUCCAUUUUUGAGAUUCCAGGAGCCAAAGAGGUUUCAAUGGAAGUUUCAUCAUUUUCCAAGUAUGCCGGGUUCACUGGAGUCCGUUUAGGUUGGACUGCAAUUCCAAAAGAGCUUUUAUAUUCUGAUGGAUUCCCCGUUGCCAAGGACUUCAACCGCAUUGUCUGCACUUGUUUUAAUGGUGCAUCUAAUAUUGCUCAAGCUGGUGGUUUGGCUUGUGUUUCACCUGAAGGCAUCAAGGCCAUGCACGAGGUGGUUGGUUUCUACAAGGAAAACACUGAUAUCAUAGUCGAGACAUUCAAUUCGCUUGGUUUUAAGGUUUACGGAGGAAAAAAUGCACCAUACGUGUGGAUCCACUUUCCCGGCCAAAGCUCAUGGGAAGUGUUCAGCGAGAUUCUUGAGAAAACCCAUGUUGUCACCACUCCUGGCAGUGGUUUUGGACCUGGUGGUGAAGGUUUCAUUAGGGUCAGUGCCUUUGGACACAGGGAAAAUGUAUUGGAAGCCUGUAGAAGAUUCAAGCAACUGUACAAGUAG